GACCCUGAUGAGCAUCACUCAGAGGAAGAUUUGCCGGCCGGCAUCAUUGUUGCCAUAGUUCUUGGAAUACUCAUCUUGGGUGCUGUUGUGGCCUUGGUUAUUGGUUACAGGUACCAAAAACAGGAUUAUUUGUUGUUUUGAUUUCAGGUCUGUGUGGACAAAAAUAAAUGCUUGAGCCGGACAGCUGGUUUCCUUAUAGAUUUGUUUUUGUGAUUUGGUUUGUAAAAAUGAUUCUUGUAUAGUUAAACACCAUUAAAGAUUGGAAAAUAUUUGACUCUUUAUAAAUUAUAAAGAUGAUGUUACAAAUUUUUUUUUAAUGUUAUCAAAAUUCAUGGGGGCUCUCUAUACAACUGACUACUAGGAUUCCCCACUAUUUUUAAAAUUUCAUAUUUGUGUAUUGCGGACUGACCUAAUACAAAUAAGUAGAGCUAAAUGUUUUAAGAGAUCUCAAUUACCUUAUAAUUUCUAGUACUUUGUUAUGAAAACAUUAAAACCUUUAUUUUAUUUAACUCUUUUUUUUUUUUUUAAAGUCUAAUAUAAAUUUAAAACCUUUUCAAUUAUGAAAAGAAAAGACAGCCUUAAAAAAAAUUCUCAGAAGAGGAUUGAACCUUUGAUCAAAGGAAUUUUGUAUUUCUAAAUCAUUUGGGAUAACUGACCUUCCACAGUGUUAUAAAUAAAAGACAAAUCUUGAGAGAGACUUAAGUUACUUUAAUAUAAGAAAUCUUUUUUUUUUUCAACAAUUAUUUUCAUCAGAUUCUUCAACUGCCGCAAACUCUACCAGACAUUCUCCUACUACCUGUCGGUUCCCAGCAAUGGCCAGCCCGUUCCACAGACUAUUAUUGCUGUGGAUGAUUCAAGUGGUUCGUUGAUUUCAUUGACCUAUUUAUUUAGCAUCUUGACCAAUGCUGGGCUACUUUAACUGAAGUCCCAGAACUCUUGUUUUCACGGGUCAACGAAAGAGAUGUCUCAUUAAAAUAGUGUUUGAAUGUAGAUAUAGAAAUAGGUUGUGAUGAUUUUUAAGCUAUUGAAGCUGCUACUUUAUUCUAUUUGAAACUCAUCAAUUAUAGGAAGGAUGAUGUGUGCAGCUUUCGGCCAAUUAAUUUAUUGAUUUUAAUAAUUUUCAUCAAUUCUCUACCAAAUAAUGGUGGAUUAAUGAAACAAAAUUGAUUUGUGUGAAUAAAACAAUAUGAGUUAAGCUUUAAUUAUGGUUACACAGAAUACAAAUUCAAACGUUUCGACAAAUGCCUUAUUCAGUACAACAAAAAAUAUUCAUAGAAGUAUAAAUUAAUUUUGUAUUUUAUAUAUAUAUGUAUGAAUGUAUUCUACCUAAAUUUUACCAUUUUUAGGUGGGAUACAUUUACAUAUAUUAAGUAAAUUUAUUUUAUGCUUACAGAGUUUUUGUUGCUUCUCUAAUUCUCUUUUGAUGCUGGUAAAUAGAGUAUGGCUAAUUGAAUCUUGUAAAGAGUACUAUAUUGAAUGAACCAAAUCCACACCUAAACAUAUUUGUACAAAUAUACAAAACAUGAGGUCACUAUUAGCUUCUUUGGCAAUAUCACCAUAUUCAAUUGUGGACCAUACCUUUACUUUUACGGAAUAACCAUUUAAAAACCAUCCAUUUAUCUUCAUAAUGGUUUCAAUUCUGUUCUAUUAAGCAUUGCAUACUAAUUCUGGGCUGUCCUACUAGCGUGGCUAUAAAGGUAUCGCCGAAGUGUUUACAUUUUAAAUUUGUGGCCAGAAUUUUUCCGCUCAUAUUCUUGGCACAAGUUUAGAUGCUUGUUACAACAUGAUGGCUACCUGGUCCUAAUAUCCCAUUGUAGUUAUCAUUUCUUGUAUUGAACUGACAUUUGCAGAAGGAAAAAUGUAUCCAGAUAUACCAGUGGAGGACUUCAUUGCACAUGUUGACCUGAUGCAUGUUGACAGUGAUAUAGGAUUUUCUAAUGAAUUUGAUGUAAGCUCAAACUAAGAUGUCUGUAUUGGUACAUUUUUCACAUAGCGAUAAUAACAGACAUUUUUCCAUUUACAAAUACACCCUGUCAUUCUUAAGGGUAUUUUAUGUAUAAUACAGUUAUAUAUAGAUUUUUUAAUUUUUAUAUUUCAAGCAACUGAGACAUUAUCUUUUACACAGUGUGCUUAUGUAUCAUUAAAAGUCCAGAAAAUGGUUAACUGUGAAACCCAAAUACCACAUUAUUUGAAAUACCAGUUUUUUAUUUAUGUGUAUGUUGUUGGUUUGUUUUUUUCCACAAUGAAAAUUAUGUGCCUCUAAACCAGCGGUUCUCAACCUGUGGGUCGCGACCCCUUUGGGGGUUGCACGACCCUUUCACAGGGGUCGCCUAAGACCACAUAUGCUCUACGGUUAUAAAGUAUCAACGAAAAUAAUUUUGUGAUUGGGGGUCGCCACAACACGAGGAAUAGUAUUAAAGGGUUGCGGCUUUAGAAAGGUUGAGAACCACUGAUCUAAACCAACCUGGUUUAAAACUUAGCUGCACUCAUAGAAUUUGUAGCAACAGUUUCAUGUCUCACACUAUGUUUUUUAAAGUAUUUCCACUUUCAAUAGCUUUUGAAAUUAUGUUUUGCUCUGUGGUUAAAUGCCAUAUUUGCCUUGUGUGGUUGACAGGAGAUCAACAGGACAUCCUACAGUGACAAGUACCCUUGUGACAGUUCCAACAUGAAUGACAACAGGAACAAGAACAGAUACAUCAACAUUGUGGCCUGUGAGUUGAUGAGUGUUCACUUUCUGAAUGGUCCAACUUUUGUUUUGUAAUCAACACUGUUUGAGAUUUAUCAUGGCUGGCACCAAAGAUGCAUUCAACUUUAACCCAUUCAACCCCAUGACAGCCAAAACAGCUGUUACGGAUUCAACUUUGUAACAGACAAAUCUGACAACCAGACACGCUCUAUACACGUUGUUAUGUAAAAACUGCAGACCUGCCAACCCUUCCGAUUUUGUCGGAAUUAUACCGAUUUUUUUUACCCCUCAUUCCAACCUUCCGACAAACCCCUUAAAAUUCCGAUUUUUCGAACUUUAUAAUUUUUCACUCGUCAUAAAAAUCCGAAAUUGACCAAAAAAAGAAAAGAAAAAAAUCGGGUACGACAGGAAGUGUUGCAUUUGUUUUUACGAAGUGACUACAUGCCCUGCGACCGGACAAAUAAGUGAAUAAAUUCCAUGACCCAUGUAGGUCGUGAUAAAUUCUCGAGAUUAUAUAUUCAACCAAGUCACAUGAACACCAUAACAAAGUUGUGCGAGAUAUUUGUCCGUCAGCCUUUUCAUGUGUCGAUCAGAGCUUACGGUACUUCAUUUCAACAAAUUCAAGAUAGUCUGGACAUUUACACGAAAAGAAAUAUGUUCGAUUCUACAAAAGAAAUACUAGAACCAUUGCUGGUAUAUCUAAUGAACAAUUGGUUAAAAAGUGACAAUGUUUUUUAUAAAGCCCGCCGGAUGAAUAUCUCCUGCACUAUUUGUCCGGUCGCCUGAUGUGUAGACACUGCCUUGUUUUUUUCGAAGCAAACUACGAUCUUCAAAUCGUUCUUCAAUCAUCAAUAGAUCCGAUCAUGAUUCAUCCUUUUUAAAAGGCUAAAAAAAACUCAGACUUUUUUUGUUUGUUUAGGCCACCAAAGCUUUUCUUAAUUAAAUGGUUAAAUCUAUUGAAAGUGAUGGGUACAAUGAUAUUAAUAAACAUAUUUGAAAGCCCCAAAAAAAGCAUCCAACUGCAGCUAAAAGUAAUACAUGUCUAACUUCUUUGCUAAGAAAACGGACGCUUCAGUUUCAGUUAGCAGAUCGCUUCAUUUACCACCUUUCUAAUGAAGGAACUAUUUCUCAAGCCAACUCCGAUGGUUUUAAUGCUAGAGUCAAAGAAAUGUUUCCAGACUUGCAGAAUGCUAGAAGAUUGUAAAGAAAAAUUACAAUGAAACAAAAGGGCAAGCAUGAAAGUUGAUACUUUUUUCUAACUUGCUUAUAACGGUAACUAAAAUCAGUUGCAAUGCUAACUUUCGGUUUUCCAAAGAGCUGUUGGACAAGUGCAAAAAGGCCACUAUGGAUAUGCUGGAAAACUGAUCUCUAAGCAGCCAGUGUACAUAUGUAAAUAAAAUGGAUAUUCUGUUCUGUUCUGUAUAUAUCUGUAUAUAAACAUUUCCAGUAAUGUUUUUCUCAUGUUCUAUGGUGUUCUGUGGACAUAUCAAUUAAAUAUAAAUGCAAUUCAUUUUAUUUCUUGAAAAUAUAUCACUAAUAAAUUUUAAUGUUUUUCUGAACCUUUCAUAUCAUAAACAUGAAGUUCUUCCCCUUUGGCUGAGCAUUUAAUGGGUGAAAUAUGUGGGUCGCCACGGUUGUUUAAACAUUCAAGUUUAGAUUGAUAGCAUUGAUCACUAACAUUGAUAACUUACUGAUCACUAACAUUGAUAACCAUCCUGUGUCCAGAUGAUCAUUCACGAGUCAUGCUCAAGUCAGAGUUGAGCAGGAUGAGACAGUCUGACUACAUCAAUGCCAACUAUGUUGAUGUGAGUAUCACCAGAACACUGUUGGUUUUGUUUAAAACGUUCUAUGAUAGUAGAUUACAGUCAUAUUUAGUCAAUUGGGUCACAGAUUGAUUCUUUUCAAAUGCUUUUUUUUUUCUCUAGGGUUAUAAAAAGCCAAAAGCUUAUAUUGCAACACAGGGCCCACUGCCUCAAACCUUUGCUGAUUUUUGGCGAAUGGUGUGGGAACAAAACACUAAUGUCAUUGUCAUGAUCACAAACCUAAUGGAGAAAGGACGGGUAAGAAAGCAAAAUGAUCCGAAGUCUUCUUCAAAUCAUUUUUCAAGCUUUAACUUGUACCUUAUUCUUAUCUACUUAUGACAGAAGAGGGCCAUCCAUGAAUAAAAUAAUGCUAUUUUGGUUUGGUUUUUUUACACACACACCCCACCAAACUGCUACAAAUUUGUUUAAAAAAAUCAGACACUAAUCUCAUAUUCAAACCCCCACACACACACACACACCACCACCAAACCCCAUCAUAGAUGGUUGACAUCAUUUAUAGAUGGCCCUUAAGUCGGUCGGGAGAUUUAAAGCUCUCUUGGCAAUAAAUUCACAAUUUUUAAAAACUAAUUAUAAUACUUAUAGUCACAUUGAGAACUAAAUCACAGAAGAGACAAAUCUCAGAGUUUGUAAUAUUUCAUUUUUAAAAUUAAAAGUUAAUUUUAUAACACUAACAAUAUUACAAAUAACUCAUCUAAGCCAUCAUUUUUCUGCUCUGUUGAUAGAGAAAGUGUGACCAGUACUGGCCCAAUGAUGGCACAGAGACCUAUGGUAACAUGCUCAUUAAACUAAUCACAACACUGCCAAGGGCUCAUUACACUGUCCGUGUCUUCUCUAUCAAGAACUUGAAGGUAAAAAAGGUAUGCAUGCUUUCCCCUGUUGCCUUGAAGCCCUGCACACUCAGUAGACAAGCUGUCAGUGCCUAUUUUUAGCAUUUUGUUUGUUUGUUUGUUCUUAUCUUAGCAGCACAGUAAUGCUGUACUCUUUAUUUGGUGGCUUGUGGUAAAUAGGUUGCCCUUAAUAUGAUUAAUCAAAAUAAGCUCAUUAAAUUUAUUGAGAUAGUUUGAGGUAGAGGCAUGAAGUGGUCAUUUUUUUUUCUUUAUAAUUGAUAUCUAGUUGUGAUCUGAAUCGAAAGUAUCAUUGGAACUUAUCAUUAACACUUUGGUUGCUCAAAGGACUUCUGGUAAAUAAGGCCAAAUGCUGAGUUAGACCAGCACAGUGCUUAAAAAAAAAAAAAAGGUCAUUAAAUAAUAAUUUUAAAAAACUUGGUCAUUGCAGAACUCAUUAACUUUAUAUUUUUAAUUUUCUUUAUAAUUGAUAUCUAGUUGUGAUCUGAAUCGAAAGUAUAAUUGGAACUUAUCAUUAACACUUUGGUUGCUCAAAGGACUUCUAGUAAAUAAGGCCAAAUGCUGAGUUAGACCAGCACAGUGCUUAAAAAAAAAAAAAAGGUCAUUAAAUAAUAAUUUUAAAAAACUUGGUCAUUGCAGAACUCAUUAACUUUAUAUUUUUACCAAAAAAAGUAAAUAUAUGAAUAAAAUAAAUAUGUUUCAUUAAAAGAUAUUCUAAUUUGGUUAUAAUAGAAUAUUUGUUAUGAUGAUGGAUGGUUUUUUAAAUUGAAAAGGUUGUGGUAAUACACAUGCAUGGCAUACGCCCAGGCCACGAAUUUUUUUUUUUUAAAUAUGACUGUAAAAUAACCGCUUUUUAUUAACCAUGCUGUUGGUUCACCACACAGGAAUUCUUUUUAAAAAAUCAUGCAAUGUGUCCAACUUUCAAACAUUUUAAAAUGUUUUUAUUGCUUAUUUGUUGGAUGCACACCAAAAAUUGUAGUGUCUAUGUAAAGUGUUCAAGUCAUUAAAUUAACAAAUUAAAUUCUAGGCAAAUAUAGCUAUAUGAAAUCAACUUAAUUCUAAUAGCUAUAUGAAAUCAACUUAAUUAUAUAGCUAUAUGAAAUCAACUUAAUUAUAUAGCUAUAUGAAAUCAACUUAAUUAUAUAGCUAUAUGAAAUUUGAAUGUUAAACACCCCACUGCAUGUGGCAGUGCCUAUAUCUAGGACCAUGUACAUUAAGAGGCAGAUCCGUUUACUGAAAACAUUACAUCAAAUAUGAAUUAGUUGCGGCAAACAAGUGUAUGUACAUAGUGUGCUCCUAAAAGAAUCAUGUAUUAAUUGAUAAAUUGAGUGGCACAGUAAAUUUUGAUCCCCAGUGAAGUCAACAUUCUCAAACCUCCGUGCUUUGUCUUAGAGUUGCAUGUGGUAACACUGAAACUUGCUUGUUAUUUAUAUUUCUGAUUGCUAUCACCCUAUCUUCAUGGAAGGUAAUACGAAGAUGGGUUUGUCAAGUUUUAGAUUUUAAUGUUUAUUUAUGUUGUUUUAUUCUUCUGGGGUUUUUUUUUUGUUUGUUGUUUUGGUUUUUUUGGAGUCCUUUUUUUUACUUUAGAUAGCCAAAAUGUCAAGUAAAGUUAUGUUAGUCAGUUUCCAUCUAGUGCUUUAGCAUGAAUGAGCCUGGCAUAGUUAGAUUUAAUUAAUGGACAUCCAGAUACAUAAUACAUGAAACUUAUUUUAGCUGCACAUUUAGAUUUGCCUAAUUUUUAUUUUGGCUUUUUUUUUUUUUUUUUUUCCCCAGUUGUUUUUUUUUCUCUUCUGUUAAAAUGUCUGCCAUCUUUUGUUCAUUGUUCUUAUUUUAUUUUUUUUUUUUUUUUUUUUUUUUUUUUUUUUUUUUUUUUUUUUUUUUUUUUUUUUUUUUUUUUUUUUUUUUUUUUUUUUUUUUUUUUUUUUCCCCAGUUGUUUUUUUCUCUCAUCUGUUAAAAUGUCUGCCAUCAUUUGUGCAAUGAUCUUAUUUUAUGGCUCAUGCUUGUUGCCAAAGAUUUUUUUUUCUCCAUUUUCUGGCAAAGUUGUUCCUUCUUGAAUCCAGUGUGCAUGAUUAGAGAUUAUAGUUUGAAUGAAGUACUUCAAACCAGCCUCCUCAAGAUGUUCCCAUGGGUUUUAUGUGCAGAUUGUGACUCAAUAAAAGAAGAGGAAUAAACAUCUUUAUUUAAUUACUUAUCAGUGCAGAUAUCACAGGAAGAAAAACAUUUUUUGAAAAAAGAGAAUCUAUAAUAAUUACUACAGAGUGAUUUGUAGCUAGGCUCAAGCUGAUAAUAAAAGGUAGUGUUGCCUAAUUUCAAGGAUUCCACCUGGUUCAAGAGGUUGAGAAAUGCUAAUACAGAAAUGAAAUGACUAUUUAUAAUUGCCACACUAAAACUUUAUGGAUAAUAUAAGCGGGACUGUGUUUCUGGUGUCUAGUCUGGUGUCAAGCAUUUUUUUUUAUUCAUAAAAAUUGUAGAUCGACAAAACAAAUUAUCAUUUUUACCAUGUUGUACUCGAUAAGAAUUGAUUUCUUUCAAAUAAUUCUUAGUUAAUUAGUCUAAGAAAAAAAAAACUCUAAACACUUCUUGAUCUUUAUUUUUUUAAACAAAAUUGUGUUUGUCAGUAGAUUAAUGACUGUUUUUAUAAGUAGAUUAAUUACUAGGUAUUCAUUAGAGAAUAUAACUAUGCACAAUAUUUUAAAAUUGUGGUCUUAAAAUUGACAUUUUUAUGCAGAAUUUAGCCUAUCAUUUCCACAUUUUUAUGCAGAAUUUAGCCUAUCAUUUCCACAAAGUUUAAAUGUACAUUUAUUUAUCUGACCCAGCGUCAUUCCAUGAAGGGAGCCCAGGAGAGGACUGUCUACCAUUAUCAUUACACUGAGUGGCCAGACCAUGGUGUUCCAGACUACUCUUUGCCUGUCCUGUCCUUUGUCCAGAAAUCAGCUGCCCAAAGUGGGCCAGAGAAUGGCCCUAUCAUUGUGCACUGCAGGUGUGCAUGCAAUUAUCAGUCAAACUUUUCUAUGAAAUUUUUUAUUUUAUCAACAAAUUUGAUUUAUCAAAUAAGGUUUUGGAUAUCCACUUGUUAAUGUUUUAGAGUUAUAACCUGUCGUUUUGACCUUAUUUGUCACACUCAAAUUUAAUACUGGAGAAUUGUGAUUUAAGGGAUUUAGCUGUAGCCUUUAAGUUGUACAAAUUUGUAAUCAUUCCUGAAAGCAGACUUAGAAGCAGAAUUUUAUUUAAAACAAUUGGGAAGUACACAAUCCUUAGUGUUAGUUUGUAAAAUUUAAACAACCUUAUAUCUGACCGACCACUUUGUAGUUAGUCUGUAGGUUGGGUGACAGCUGGUUUAGAUGAAUUGUCUAGAAUGCAAUUGAAGAGUUCUUAAAUUAAUGUCAUGUUCCUUCCCCCCUUCAGUGCUGGUGUUGGCCGUACAGGCACCUACAUCCUCAUUGACAGCAUGAUAGCACAGAUCGAAGAUAAGAGGACAAUAAACAUUCCAGGCUUCAUACAGCACAUCAGAAGACAAAGAAAUUUCCUGGUCCAGACAGAGGUGAUCAUUCUUGAUAACUUAAUAUUGAAAGUAUCAAUUAUGGGGGGAAGGGGGUUCAUUUCAAAACUAAAAAUGUUUUACCUUGUGUCUUUUUUAAAAUCAUUAUUUAAGUUAUGCCAUUGAAGCUUGGCGAUGUGCCUACUGGCCAUUUUCUGUUACUCCAAAGGAUUCCACUUUCCUUAAUUUUUACCCUGCAUUUUAUUCAUGGUCAAGGAUUUUAUAAAACAAAAAAAUAUUUAUUUUUUUUCUCUUCUCGUUAGGAGAUAAUAUAUAUAUAUAUAUUAGGUUAGUGUUGAUUCACUAAAUACUUACUUGAAAAAAAAGCACACAUAAAAUAUUGCUUUCAUUCUUAUAGAAAAGGAUCAGAAUGAUGCCAUUCCUUACUAACAUUGAAUAGAGAUAGAUGUGUGUAUGUUACAGUGGAAUUGCCCAGCUUUAAAGAAAUACAUCAUUUUUUAAAAUAAGAUUUAAGAGUUCAAUAUCAAUUCCUAACUCUGUCUCAGAUGAAAGUAUUAGACUGACUACUUAUGGACUUUAUGAAAAGUAGAACUGGAAUGGCAAAUUAAUGUGCUAAUUUUUGUAAAUGUAAAGCUUGUGUUUUCCAGGACCAGUACAUCUUCAUCCAUGAGGUGCUGAUAGAGUACAUCCUUGUCCAUGGUGUCACAGAAGUUAGAGAUGAUCAGAUGUCCGAGUUCCUUCAGCUAGACCAGUCACCAUCUAGCCCACUACUACCUUCACUUACCAGUGGUGCUAUGCUAGACAAGCAAUAUAUGGUCAGUUCAUAUCGAGUUGCUCCAACUUACCCACUCGCUAAUUUAGUUCUUAUAUUUUCAUGUACAAGAGGAAUCCUAGAUUUGGUCACUGGGUAUUCACAGCUUUGUGAUAGCCUUCAACACUGCUUUUUGCAUGCCUUUGAAAAACAUGAUUUUUCACAUGCAAACACUAUAGCUAGAACCCAAAUAUAUAUAUUUUUUGAAAGUAGACUGGGUGCGGAAUCCUACUGGCUAUUUUUUAAAGAUGUUUUAUACUCGCUGACUGUGACCUUGACCUUGGAGUGACCAAGAAUAGAUAAAAUAAAAAAUUUCUUUUCAAGUACCUCAAACUACAAUUUUUUGAAGGCAUAUUAUUAUAAUGUUUAUAUAAUAUGAUAGCAUUUUUAUUUAUCUUGAAGAAAAUGUAUUAUUUGUAUAUGUUUUAGUUAUAAAUAGAUUUUUUUAUUUUUUUAAUUCUUCUGAUACCUAUAAUUACGUUCAAGUAACAAAGAACGACAUAAUUAAUGUAAACAUUACUAAAAAGCAAGAAACAAAUAAAAUUUAAAAAGCUGCUAUAUAAAUAUUUAAUCCCUAAAAUGAAGUAUAAGAAAACAUAUACAGAACAACAUCCAAUUAUUUUUAUUGGAACAAAAUCAUCUGCAACAUAGUUUUGAACGAGUCAUAUUGUUGUGGCAACUCCUACUCGUUUUAGGCAUAGGUCUAAAUCGUCCGAAUUUUUGCUUUCUGACCCACUAAUAAAAUAAUCGUAAUUAUCAUCACUUUCAAGUGUGAUCGGAAAAUCAUCUUCCGAAUCACUUAAGUCAUUAACUAGAAAGAAUUUUCAAAAAGAUUCCUGAUUUAUUUUGUAAGCCAGAUAGUCCAGCUAUGGCUGGAUCCACUUCGCGAAAAGCUACUGACAAAUAUUUGCUUGAUAAAGAUCGUUGUUAAAAUAACUCUAAAUUUUAAAAAAAGGACACAGAGGAGCGAAAAACCGAAGUUCAUUUAUUACUAAAAGGAAGUAGUUUUAUUUGGUGUAAAAUAUUGGACUGGAACUUAUUCUUUCAAAUCAUUUUUUAUCGGCCGACACAGUUUGGGAAGAGGAAAUCGGCCGACGACAGUUAGUGGGUUAAAAAAGAAAAUUAACUGAUCUCCUUUUUUAUCAACUUUUGAGAUUUGUGACAUAUUUUUAAUAUAUUUGUUUUCUGUGGUAAAUUAGCUUUCCAUCCCACUCUGACAACAUUUUAAUAACUAACCAUAAUUUAAGAAGAAUGAGAAGAAAUUAAUAUAUCAUGGCUAUGAAAAUAACUAGAAUCUAUGUUCAAUCAUUAUGAUGACUUUAAAGCAACCCAUUAUUGAUAGUGUCCCAUAAGAUGGAUGGAAUUAUUGAUAGUGUCCCAUAAGAUGGAUGGAAUUAUUGAUAGUGUCGCAUAAGAUGGAUGGAAUUAUUGAUAGUGUCCCAUAAGAUGGAUGGAAUUAUUGAUAGUGUCGCAUAAGAUGGAUGGAAUUAUUAAUAGUGUCCCAAUAAGAUAGAUGGAAUUAUUGAUAGUGUCCCAUAAGAUUGAUGGAAUUGUUAAGAAAGUGUCCUAUAAGAUGUAUGGAAUUAUUGAUGGUGUCCCAUAAGAUUGAUGGAAUCACCUGUUAUUGAUAUUAAUGGCUGCCUCAAUUUGAGAUGUUACCCUUGAUUUUUUUCCCUCAGCUCAUCACCAAAUACACCCCCAACGAGCUUGACCUGACAGCAGCCCUGAAACCCAUCAACCUGGAGAAGAACAGGGUUAACAGCAUCCACCCUGUCAACCUGAAGAGAGUGUUGUUGCCUGCCAGGCCAGGUGUGGAAGGGUCAGAUUAUAUCAAUGCCUCCUACUUGCAGGUGAGUUGGCGUAAUCGUCAUAUCACCUUGAGGUUUUUUUUGUUUUGUUUUUUAAAUUGUUUAUAUCUAAAUUUAUUUAUUGUAUACUGAAUUUUUAAAAAUAAAAUCAGUUUGGCCUCAUCUUCUAAUUCUUAUUCUGUUUAACAUUAGAAACAAGCAACAACCUUCAUUAACUUAUUGAAAUAUAUUUUUUUUUAAAAUCCUUUAUAUUAACUUGGCAUUUUUUUCAUUUGGUUGUUGCGAAAGGCUAAAUGAUUCAAUUACCAUCAUGUUAUUGGGCCGAAACUUGGCACAUGGACUCAUUGCCACUGACGUCACAUUCUUUCAAAUUUUCAACCCUCAAAAAUCAUUGUAUCCUCUUUUGAAGGGGAAGAUGAAGGAAAAUUGAUGCCACUGAUUCCUGUGGCCAUUUCAAAGUUGCACAAAAAUGGUUCUAAAGGAUUGAUACAAAAAGUUAUGGUUUUUUUAAGGGUCUUUUAAUUUAAAAAGAAAAUACCUGCUUCCAUUCAUUAAUCAUGAAGUAAACUGAAAUUUCAAAAACAUGAAUUGCUUAGCAAUGUCACGUGGCCAGCAAAAUUAUUAGUUGCCAAAAUUGUGUCUAAUUGUUUUGUGUUCAAAUUUGUGUAAGUCUUUGUUACCAAACUUGCGACAACAAAAGCGAGACUCCAAUUAUGUUUUUUAAGUAAAACUCUCGCAUUUAUUUAAUGCUUCGCAUUCUUCAGUAAGCCAACUGGAAUUUAAAUGUUGAUGUGUUUAACUUCUUUGUGAUUAUUGAAAUGCUCUCACGCUGCUCCCAGAGUGGUUUUAUGAACUGUGCUUUGCAACAUGCACUGCUGCUGGAUAUACUCCAGACCUGUUUACUCUUACGAUUUUGGCGUACAAUGUAUGGUUUUUAGGCGUAUAGGUUAUAUAUACUGUUUAUUUUUUACUAUAAAUAUAACGUAUUGAACAAUUUUGUGAUGAUAUUCUACGAUUUUAAGAGUUUGAGGGUAAACAGGUCUGAUACUCUGAGGUUUUAUUUUUUUUUUAUUGUUGUGAAUUCUCUGGCACGGCUACAUAAAAUCUUCAGAGUUUAUUGUUUUGAAUCUUCUCGCAGGGCUACAUAAAAUCUUCAGAGUUUAUUGUAACUCAGCAUCCAAUUGAGGAAACCAUGGAAGACUUCUGGAGGAUGGUGUGGGACAAGAACAGUCCUGUCAUAGUUGUGCUCUCCCCUUUCGAUGAGGUGGUAAGUGAUGUGUUACACCCCCCCUCCCUUUUUUUAAAUAUUUUAUAAAGAGGUACGCAAAUUUGACCAUGCUAAAACACUUCUGAGGGAGCUGCACUGGCUCGCAUAGAGUACGAAAUUGCAACUUUGUGCUACCGCUGCUUACAUGACCUGGCGCCAUCUUAUCUCAAAGCACUCAUGACGCCUUAUGUACCCACUAGAGAGCUCCGCUCAUCCGAUAGUGGCAAAAUAUCGAUACCGUGUGUUCGCCUUGAGACUUACGGAAAGCGCACUUUUGCAUUUGCCGGCCCAACACUUCCAGUCGCUCUCAGAAACAGCCAGACACUGGAGUCCUUUAAAACCGAUUUAAAAACACAUCUAUUUCGCAAACAGCUUCUGGGGUGAUGCUAUCUACCAUCUUUUUCAGUUAAUGUAUAUUGGCUUGUGUUGCUUAUGGUUGAAACGGGAUGAAAGACUUUGACUGGGUAUACUCGUAUGUAGCUUUAUAUUGUUGCGUCUGUUUUUAAAUGUUGUAAAUUUUAGAUCGUUUUUAUGUCUCUUUUUAAUAUGGUUGACUUUGUACAGCGCUUCGACCUUUUGGGGAUGAAGCGUGUUUUUCAAAUAAACUUUAUUAUUAUUAUUAUUAUUUUUACAUGGUGCAUUACCCUGCCCCAUCAUGAUGAUGUCAUAAGUGAUACAGUAUGGUGUCAACGGAUCUUCUCCAUUUGAGGAAAUGAUCAGUGAAACAUCCUCUUGCCUUGCUCUCCUCAUCUCAUCUUAUCUCAGAUGACUUAUAUUGUCUGUGUUUUUAAAUCCUUUAUAUUAACUUAGCUUUUGUUUGUGUAUUUCUCUCUUUCUGUCUGGGUGUGUUGCGAAAUCUUCAGACGUCUAAUUGACCCACUUACCAUCAACUUAUCGAGCUGAAACUGGGCACAUAGACUCGUUGCCAUGACAACUUAUUCUAUCAAAGUCUUAACCCCAAACAUCAGUUUUUUCCUGUUUUUCAAGAGGAAUGUGAUGGAAAUAUGACCAUGGUUUCACAAUAUAAAAUUCCAGAUAACUGCGCUAAAUGAGAGGCUUAAAAAAUAAAUAUCACAAUUUGGUGCGUGAUAUUUUGUUUGGUUUCUCUGAAAUUGGUUGGUGUUAUAAAUCUGUUUUGUAAAAGUGGGUGGGACAUUAGAAUAUUACUAAAAAUUAAAUAAUCAAAAAUUCACAUAAAGAAUUGAUAUGGAAACUUUGUUUUCAGGGGUUUUCGAAUUAAUUUUUAAAAAAAAUUUUUGUUGAAGUCCAUUCAAUUUCAAACGUUUAUUUACCUGUUUUAAUCCUACACAAGUAAAAUUCACAUUUUCGACUCUUAAACAGCUUAUCCACAGCAAUUUUUUUUUUUUUUAAAAUCCUUAGAGAAUCUGUUUCUCUGAGUCUCAUCUUAAAAAAUAAUGUUAUGAAAGGAAAUGUUCAUUAUCGUAAGGCUGCAUUUUUUAAAUGAUCCUAUGUAUGCUCACAGCAUGAAAACUGUAGCGUGUUUGUUUUGGUCUGAGCUUAUGUCUCUGUUAUCGCAGUAUUUGUUUUCAUGUGAAUUUAUAUUUCUGUUAUGACAGGAGUACAAGGAGUUCUGGCCUCCCAAAGGGAACAGCAUUGAAGUUGAUUCAGGUAACUUCCGACUGGCCAUGAAGGAUGAACCUUUAGAAAAUGAGGACAAGAACAUGGUGACCUCAGAAUUUAUCCUAGACUCCAUACAGGUAAAAAAAAAUACAAAAAAAACAAUGCACAUAUGUUUAGUUCAGUAAGAAUGAUAUGAAACUAUAUCAUGAUUAUGAAUGGGUCAAAAAGGUGGGAGGUUAGGGUAAAGAGAAAUUGUUGUAUUAAUUAUGAUUUUUUAAAUUAUGAAUAUUAAUAAACUUCUGAGGAUAACGGCUAUGAAUUAUUCAAUGAAUCUGAGAAUCUGCAGUCUUGAAAAACUCAUUAGCUCUGUUAAUGAUGAAAUGAGAACAGGACAUUAUUUUAAAAGUGUUGCAAACAAAAAAGUAUUAAGUCUUAUCAACAACAUUGAAAAUAUUAAUUCCUAUCCACAGCAAUAAAAAUAUUGUCUUAUCCACAGCAGUAAAAAAUCUGCUUGUUAUUUUUAUCUAGUCUUGAAAUAUUUUUUUUUUUAAAAGAUGCCUACUUCUGAAUUUUUGGAUAGAUUUAUUAUUCUUCAACUCUGGAACCAAAGAAAAAAUUUCUUUAUUCCCCUGUUAAACAUUGUGUUUUCAUUAAGACAAGAACUUAUGGACAGCCUUAUUAUCUCAUCUCCAGUACGACUACACCCUGCUCACUAGAAUCAUCUGUGUAAAGAACUGGCCCCAUGGCUAUCCUGAGGUGCACAAGGUCUUUGAUGCCAUAACGGCUGCGCACAACUUCAUCAACACUCAGGAAUGUGGGCCCGUCAUUGUCAUGGACAGGUAAGGAUUAGUUUAGGAGGGGAAGAUUCAUUUUAAAAGUCUGCACUCCUCACUGGAUAUUUUAGUGCAUAGAAUUGAUUCGCACAUCUCUCUAAAUUAUUUCUCAAUAAAGAUAAAAAGUAUUUUUCAAUAAAGAUAAAAAUCUCUCUGUCAAUGUUUCAAAUCCAACUAUCAUUGUUGGUGAGAAAAAACUAUGACCCAUGCCCUGGGGGUGGUGGGAUCUUUCUUGGCACCUUGCAAAUGUUUGCAUUUACUAUUACUGUAGUGAUGUCUGUGUUAAGUAAUACUGUAGCGAUGUAUGUUGUAUUGACUAUUACUGUAGAAACGUCUGUGUUAACUAUUACUGUAGUGAUGCAUGUAUUGACUAUUACUGUAGCCAUAUCUGUAUUGUAGGUAUGGGUCAGUUGAAGCAGGCACUUUCUGUGCUCUGUGGACACUGAGGGACCAGUACCUCUCAGAGAGUUGUGCUGAUUUCUACCAGGUCUGCAAACUCUACCACUACAAGAGACCAGGCAUCGUAGGCACCAGGGCAAGUCUAACUCUUAUGUUUCUUUGUUAUUGCACUCUUACACUGUCAACUUAAGAACAAAUCUUACACUGUCAAUGUGACAGCAACUCUUAAAAUGUCAGUGUGACAGCAGCUAUUACAUUGUCAGAGUGACAGCAGCUAUUACAUUGUCAGUGUGACAGCAACUCUUACAUUGUCAAUGUGACAGCAGCUAUUACAUUGUCAGAGUGACAGCAGCUAUUACACUGUCAAUGGGACAGCAGGUCUUACACUGUCAGUUUGACAGCAACUCUUACAUUGUAAACGCCACUUCUAGUUUUAAAUUGUCAAUUUGAUACAAUUUGGUUUGUAUUUUAAUUUUUGUAAAACAAAUCUAAUUUAAUCCUCGAUCAAAUUUCCAUGAGCAUUACUGUUUAAUAUCUGACUCACUUUGCUUCAUAAUUUAAGUUAAAUGAACCUAUUCACUUGACUUCACUUUUUCUCCAAUGCAAGAAUUGUGCUCUAUUGGCUGUGACAGAACAAUUCAUAUUUAAGUUCUAAACCAGUGCAUUUUUUUAGAUUUUGUUAUGGAAAAUUAAAUAUUAAUGAAAUAAUAUUGGGUGCUAUUUACCUUAAAUUGUUAAGUAUAAAAGCGCGAGUGAAUAAUAUCGAUUCACAGUUUAGGAAAUCAAAGCUGUCAAGUUACAGUUAAAAAGAAAGUACUGCAUGAUAUUUUGUGAUAAGUCUUUUCAUAUCCGAACAUUUGGGCUCCAACUUGGAUAUCGUUCCUUUGUAAAAUUGUAAUACAUCUUCCGCUUCUUUGUUGACAGGAUGAUUAUCUGUUCCUUCACCAAGCCCUGGCCGAGUACUGCAAGCAUUACCAAGAAGAACUCACCUCUGCGGGCUCAUCACCACGUCAUCACCAUCACCAUCUUUCAUUUCACUAUGGGUCCAUACGUCGCAACGGCACCCUCCCCCGCACCAACCAGAACACUGCCAACAAUACCCACAAUGCGAGCAACACGCUCCCUCGUUCAAGCACUCACAUGGGGAGGAGCAACAGCAGAGAGAGCAACAACAUCAUCCCCCCUGCACCAGCAGAAACGGUUGUAAAGCUGGAGACCAAUAUUUAACCAGACUUGUGAAGAUAUCACUUAAUAUCGGACUGAAGAGACUGUGUUUUAUGGUCAAGACAUUAGCCGUUUGAUGACAUCUAUCGAAAGUUCUUUUUUUUUUUUAAAGUGUAAAUACUUUUUAAAUGUGUAAAUACUUUUUUAAUGUGGCAGUCUUCAUUUUGAAAGGCUCUAUGCGCUAGGUUCGGUCACCUUUCAAGGAUGUCUUUUUCUGUAUCUUUUGUGCUUUGCUCAAUUGUUGGCAUUUCAGCAUAUUUUUUUAUUUCAAUGGAGAUAUUUAAUUCCAACCAGGCAGUGUGGAGCAGUUUGUGCUCACAACAAUUAAAAGUAUCUUAUGGACACAGCUGAUGGAGUCGAAAUUAAAAGUAUCUUAUCGACACAGCUGAUGGGGUCGAAAUGGUUUUAAUGAAGAGUUGAAAUCACCUUCAGUGGCGUGUUGAAGAUAAUAACUUGUAAACUAAGGACAUGAGAGUCGAUGCAGGAGACAAGAGUGAUACAUUUGUGUGGAAUCAUGUUGGCCAAUAACUUACAAUGUCAGGAGUGUCAAGCUGAGGCUUGUACUUAUGGGUGAUUUAUUUCUACUGGGGUGUCAUGAAUCCAAACUUGGCACAAUGCAUCGAUUCUUUGUGCACAAGAUUUAGCUGACUAUAAGCAUGGCAUCUGUACUAUCUGUGGACGGCCGCCAGUUGGGUAGAUUCUUAACAUGUGUUUUCAAAAGUGGUGAACUCUUGAAUGAGGUGAUUGAGUCUUUGGGAUGUAGCGUGCUUAUUCAAGUGUUCCAAGGUCUUGGUUUUUCAAAACUACGGGAAACUCUAAACAGUACUGUCACAGAUUCAUUUGGAUAAUUUAUUCUAUUUGUUUGUAUUGACCCCCGCUGUAUGUGUCCCGUUUGCCUUGUUGUACAUUUUUUAUCCUGAACUGAUUGUUUUUUUUAUAUUUUAAUGACAAAUCCUUCUAUGUCUUAUUUAAGUGAGUUAUGGAGUGGUGUUUGCACACCAGCCUAUCUCUAGCAUGUGCUCAACUAAAAUAAUAGACCAUAUUAUUUAUAUCUUCAGUUGUGCCACCCUCCCCCAUUGAAGUCUUUUUUGCUGUAGACGUUUUGUUGUAAUGUACGAGAACCCAUGUUCAGAUAACCAAAUAUUUCUCAAUAUCACUUAUUUGACUAUAUCAGGUUGACAUACUCAAAUGCGUCAUGUUAGUUGUUUUUGUUUUGUUUUUUUUAUUACUUCGUCUUAAAUGAAGAAGUUUAAAGUUUUGUCAUCUCAAAAUUUUAAAACUUGUUUGAAUUAACUCCCUUCUAUUUCAAUAUGAGUCAGUCUUGUAAAACAGCCACUUCAAAAUCAUUUUUAAGCUCUUCAAAAAAAAAAUUGAAUUGGUGAAAAAAUGUGUUUUUCCCUGUUUUGAAAUUGUAUAAAACAAAGCAAAGUGACUUGAAAUUUCUGAGUUUGGUCAACAGUGACCAAGUUAUUUUGUUGUGUUCAAGCACUGGGUCAAGAAUGUCUCCUGGCAUUAAGAGAAACAAUGAGAUUCAAUGAUAAAAUAACUCUUCUCGCUGAAGUUUUUAGUGCUUACUUACGCUGACACUUUGUACAACAUGAGACCAGGGUUUUUUAAACUGUAAUGUCUGGGAAAGUGUGCAAUAUAAAUAUAAUGUCAUUAUCGUCAAGGCUUAAAAAGUAAUGGCUUGAUUUUGAACCAUCUGCUGGUUUAGUUUUUUUUUUAAGUUUUCAUACCAAACUCGAAUAAUACAUAUUUGGGCUCUGAAUUACAGAACUGCAAACAAAACUGUGGCAUACAGUAAGUAUGUUUGAUCAAAAUAAAUUCUUUUUGUUCUUGUACUUUCAAUGUUUACACUUACAUGAUCCCAAACUUGAGUACUAUAUAAAUAUGUUGUUAGUCACUCUGGCUAAGAAUCUUAUCAUCAAACUGUAACAACUAAGUUAUGUUUCUCAUUUUUACAUCUACUUUCAACAUUUGGUUGCCUGUUCUAUUUUCCUUUAAAAAAUAACAGGUGUUGUAAGUUGCUAGUAAAGUGACUACAGUAAUGAUUUUUAUUUCAUGUAACACCAUCAUCAGAUGACAAAACAUCCAAUCCCUUAAACACUUUGAAACAUCACACCAUCAUCAGAUGUUAAUACAUAAAAUCCAUUUAACACUGUGAAACAAUUAUCAUUUUGUGCCGCUUAUUAAACCAAAAGUCCCC